AUGUGUGGCUGUAUGCACAGUACCCAGGACCAAGCACUCCACUUGGAAGGGGAGCCCAAUCCUUCUGCAGCCGCAACAUCUACUUUAGCACCUAGGACAAUGCCCAGAAGCAUUUCAAUAUCCAAACAACUGGCUUUAAUAAAAGCUCUACGCAAUGGUUCAGAUCUGGAAAAAGCCAUCGCCACUGCCGCUAUGAUUUUCAGAAACUUUUCUGACCCUGAUGGCAAACUUGGGAACGCUACUGCCAAAAAUCUACUGCAAACCCAAUUUAGGAAUUUCACAGAGGUCAUUGACUCUCCAGUGCUUCCAGCUUGCCCUGCGCCCUGGAUCGGGAGGAAAAGACAACAAAUAACAGAACAAGAACCUAGGGCAAGAGCCACAGGUCUGACCACAGGCUGCUGGAGCCACUUUGCCUGA